UUCAUGAAUAAUGAAUCUCCGAGGGGGGAGGGGCUCGGCCCGCCCCCUCGGGCGGGAAGGGGGAAGCGCCGAGGCUGCCUGACUGGAAUGAGGGUAGCUGCGGCGACUGCGGGAGCGGGGCCGGCCAUGGCGGUGUGGACGCGGGCCACCAAAGCGGGGCUGGUCGAGCUGCUGCUGAGGGAACGCUGGGUCCGAGUGGUGGCCGAGCUGAGCGGGGAGAGCCUGAGCCUGACGGGCGACGCGGCGCCGGGCGCGUCACCGCCAGUGCGCCGGGUGCGGGUGGUGAAGCAGGAGGCGGGCGGCCUGGGCAUCAGCAUCAAGGGCGGCCGCGAGAACCGGAUGCCGAUCCUCAUCUCCAAGAUCUUCCCGGGACUGGCGGCAGACCAGAGCCGGGCGCUGAGGCUGGGCGACGCCAUCCUGUCGGUGAACGGCACCGACCUGCGCCAGGCCACCCAUGACCAGGCCGUGCAGGCGCUGAAGCGCGCGGGCAAGGAGGUGCUGCUGGAGGUCAAGUUCAUCCGAGAAGUCACUCCAUAUAUCAAGAAGCCAUCAUUAGUAUCAGAUCUGCCAUGGGAAGGUGCAGCUCCCCAGUCACCAAGUUUUAGUGGCAGUGAAGACUCUGGUUCUCCAAAACACCAGAAUAGCACCAAGGACAGGAAGGUUAUCCCUCUCAAAAUGUGUUUUGCUGCUAGAAACCUAAGCAUGCCGGAUCUGGAAAACAGAUUGAUAGAGCUACAUUCUCCUGAUAGCAGGAACACGCUGAUUCUACGCUGCAAGGAUACAGCCACGGCACACUCCUGGUUCGUAGCUAUCCACACCAACAUUAUGGCUCUCCUCCCACAGGUGUUGGCUGAACUCAAUGCCAUGCUUGGUGCAACCAGCACAGCAGGAGGCAGCAAAGAGGUCAAGCAUAUUGCCUGGCUGGCAGAACAGGCAAAACUAGAUGGUGGAAGACAACAGUGGAGACCAGUGCUCAUGGCUGUGACUGAGAAGGAUUUACUGCUUUAUGACUGUAUGCCAUGGACAAGAGAUGCCUGGGCAUCACCAUGUCAUAGUUACCCUCUUGUUGCCACAAGAUUGGUUCAUUCUGGUUCUGGAUGUCGAUCACCCUCGCUUGGAUCUGACCUCACGUUUGCUACCAGGACAGGCUCUCGGCAGGGCAUUGAGAUGCAUCUCUUCAGGGUAGAGACUCAUCGGGAUCUGUCAACCUGGACCAGGAUACUUGUGCAGGGUUGCCAUGCUGCUGCUGAGCUGAUCAAGGAAGUCUCUCUAGGCUGCACAUUAAAUGGGCAGGAAGUAAGACUCACUGUCCACUAUGAAAAUGGGUUCAGUAUCUCCAGGGAAAAUGGAGGUUCUGGCAGCAUGUUGUAUCGAUACCCCUUUGAAAGGCUGAAAAUGUCUGCUGAUGAUGGCAUCAGAAAUCUGUAUCUGGAUUUUGGUGGUCCUGAAGGAGAACUGACCAUGGACCUGCACUCUUGUCCGAAGCCGAUUGUAUUUGUGUUGCACACAUUCUUGUCGGCCAAAGUCACUCGCAUGGGACUGCUAGUAUGAGCAGCAGAGUCUGAAAAUAGCCUUGAAUGUCCCAAGAAGUUUUCCACCUCAAAAAAGAAAACAAACAAAAAGCACAAAAAGAAAGCUCUUUGCUCUCCUCCAGCACAGUGCCUUGACCAGGACCUGCAAAUCACUGCUGAACCAUAACCAUGUUUGAAGAAGAGCUGACCUUUUACAAGCUACCUUGGCCAGAAACUCGAGGAUUCUAAUAAUCUCCAAAAUGAAGUUAUUGACUUAUUGUCCAGUUUCCUAAUGUGGUCUAUAAGUACUUAGGUGUAUUUCCUCUCUUAAGAAGGGUAGCUCACUGUUGUUGUUUUUGGACAUAAUCAAAUAUCCAAGAGUUGUUUUCUUUUCCUUCCUAUAGAAUUUGUUUCAGCCUUAUCCUAAGUUUCUUGCUUAGGAUGACUGUGUUCCCAGGUGCUAAUUCACAGCAGUCUGUGUUCCUUGGUCUUUCCAUAUAGGUCCUACAUUUUGCUGGAGUUUAUUGUCUGCACUUGCUAUUUCCACCCUGGGAAGCCCUUGAAUUUCAUUACCAAAGCACUCUUCCAUCUGUCCUGGCUCCAGCUACAUCCCACCCUGGCCACUGCUUCCCACCACAUCACAAGCUCUGCCACUCAUAGUGCUAACUUUAGGACUUAGAACUUGAAACAUUUGAUCUGCCUUGCCUUCCAUUACCUUUCUAGUGGUGACCAAGUUGAGAAGCAAGUUGGAAACCACUGUUUUGAAAGAAAAGUUUUGUUUAAGUUUUUCUGAUUUUUAUCUUUGGUAGGAGCCAGGAAAUGUUACAGGAUUAAUUUUAAAAGAAAAUUCACAUUGUAGCCUAAGCCAUUUUUUAUUGCAUACCAAAUGUGCCUUUGGUUAGGGUCAGUGGAGCUUUAUUAGUCACUCUUUGAAUAACUGGAUAUCACUGCCAUACCAGAGGGAUAAUCUAUCGUAGUUUUGAGGAAUAGUCUUUGAGGUGGAUUUCCUGAAAGGUUUCUUUUCCAGAGGGAAGAUCCUUUGAGAGAGAUAAAACCUGGAGAGCCAGCUUGUUUAAAAAGCAGACUUAUGAAUGCGGCCGACUCUUCAACACAAACAUCACCCAUGAUCCUGGCACUGGCCCUCUCCUUUUGUGGCAGCACAGUGGCAUGAACAAGCAGCUGCUAAUUCAAAUGUCAGUGUUUGUUUAAUAUCUUAUAGUGGGCAGGGUGAUGAGACCAUAAAAAGCUACCUGGAUUUUGCUAAGCAUUACUAAUGUCAUCAUUAGGAAAGAGAGGCAGAAAUGGUUGAUGUUGUGGUGUUACAGAAUCAUACUCAACUUGUUUUUCCUAAUUAUGAAGGAGGUAUAUAUCUGAAAACUUUGGAAGUCAUGUGAUAGCUUUAUAAAAUGUCAACAUUAGGACAGUCCUUAAAUCUGAAAGCAAAGAUGAUGUUGACUUAGAUGUUCUCUCUAUUCUUUGAAAAAUCUAGGAUUAGUUCUCGCUAGCUUAAAAGUGUGACACUGGAGGGCAGAGGAGAGUGGCACUCCAAAUAGGAGGGAAAUGCAACUAUAGAUGUAAAACAUGAGCUAUUUGGUUGGAGUGCAGACUGACAUAGGUGGGACAUGUGAAAAAUCACAGACCUGUAAGUAAGAGAAUUCUAGUUAGAUAUUGAAAUCCCACUGUCUGACACCUGUCAGUAAGUCAGUACUCCUUCCCUUUAUACAGCUUGGUUACCUCAGCUCAAGUUCCCAGAGUGAGUGAUCUGAUUCACUUAAAACUGGAAGUUGAAAUCUAAACUAUAUCUGUCUUUUAAGACCUUUUAAUAUUUAAAAAGUUCAUAGACCUAAGUUUAGUUCCAUCUGGAAUGAGUCUGCAAGUCAGGCAAGAAAAAAAAAAUCUUGAAGGUUCAGCUGUGAUUUCUGGAAGAAGAAUUUCAACACAGAAUUUCAGAUAGGAGAGCUUAGACACAGUGAGUGUUAGUAAUCUGAGAUGAUAAAUGAUACAUUCAUGUGUCAUAUAGAGACAAAGCCAUGUGAUCACAUUUUUUCUGUCUUUACAUGAGAGCUCCCACCUGAGAUGAUUUUCAGGGGGAACUUCUAAGUCUCCUGUUCAUAAGUUAUAUGAAAAAAAUCUGUAGAAAAGGUGUGAUUAAAAAGUGGGGCAUAGAGGGAAGGUGUUAGUGCAUUUGGGCUCAUUUCAUUUGUUUUAAUUGCCAUGUCUAGCACCAAGGGCCAUAGAGGUUUUAAUAUCUUCUGAGUCUUGAUGUGAAAUGAAAGUGUAUGCAGAUUUAUUUGACAACUACUAGCACCCCCAAGAGCAAGGACCCUUAAGCUGCUUGUGUAACUUCAACAGUAUUCUAAUCAUGGGCCACCAGGUUGUUCUUUGUAAAUGUGUGUGUGUGUGUGUGUGUGUGUUGGGGGGUGUUCAGAACACAAAUGAAGUGAUUUACAAAUGGGACAACCUUGAAUAUGUAUUUUGUACUCAGAUGCCAAAAUAUGGCAAAGUAUUUUCAAAUGAUAACUAAAAGUGGGCAUUUUCUGUAUUUCAUAUGUUUUAUAGAACAGCUGACUUUUCAUUUCUUUUUCAAUUUGAGUCAGGAAAAUUGUCAAGAAUGUUGGGGGCUUCUGCCUAGCAAAUUAGAAGGAGCUGUAGAGUAAUAUCCCCCUCAUUCCCAUGGACUACUUCCUGUGGCCCCCUAAGACGUGAAGCUUAGAAAUCUUCUCCAUAUUCCACACAGAAGUCUAGAAGCAGCCAAAUGGUGUGUGAAUGUUCUUCCUACUUUCUCUAAAACUUCUUCCCUUUCUGUUCCCCACCCCAUCCCACCCCCACCCUUGCCUGGAAAAAGAGGAAAGAAAUGGAGCAAAAGAAACAGGCUCAUUUAUAUUGUUCUUUUUCUGAAAAAGGUAAGUCCUUUCCUUAAGUCAUCAAAUGAAUCUUACCUGGAAACAAACUAUGUAAUAUUUUAUAUGAAGAAAUGCUUUAAUGUAUAUCUAUACACUAUUUAUUAGAUAGUUGUAACCGUAAACUCACCUACUUAGUAGACAGAGUUUCAGUUUUAAGUAUUGGGCAUGUACAGGCAAUCAAAAAUAUUGCUUUAGAUGUCAUUCACCCAUUUUAAAGCCAUGUUUUAGCACUUUUUAGGCUUGAUAAAGCCUGAUAGUGCCUGUUUUUACAUCUUUACUCUUAAGAGAUUUGUUACUGAAAAUUAUUGCAUGGCAGAAGAGAUUAAAUUAUUUAUUUCUUAUAUUUUUAUAAGUGGAAAAAAAUCUCUCUAACCAACAUGAUUAAACUGGUGACUGAUUAUUUGUUUUCUGAACUUAAUCUUCUAAGCAGAAUGGUAAUAAAGCUUUUUUCAGUUGAUAAAAUGCACUUAUUAGCUAAUAAACCAAAAUUUAUUCUUUAAAAAAAAUUAAGCUGUGUGGAAUCUGGACAAGAUUAUGUUUCGCCCAGAAAAACAGGUGUUAUUGUAAAUGGUUUUGAUGAACAAAAGUAUGACCACUUUAGAGAAAAAAUUAUGAUGGAAUUUUUACUAACUUUAUGAGAACUUCCAGGUCUUGUUUAAUUUAUAUGCAUGUGGAUAUAUUUGUAUCUUCAAAACCAUGAAGCUCUAUUCAUGUUUUUUAAUGCAUAUUAUCUUGUAAGCUGCUAUGCAAGUUCUAUGAAAAGCCCUACUUACAUAAAGAAUUACACAUUUUUUAAGCUUUCAGGGAAGACCUGUAGACUUAAGCACUUUCUCUGCUACUUUAUAUCUUAUCUUGGACACUUAAACUGAAUUAUGUUCUUAUUAUUUUCACUGGUUAUAAGCUAUUGAUUGUACAUAAUAUUUAAACUAUCCAAAUAUCCAUCAUACAUUUCCGUGUUGAUACCAUCCACUAUUAAUAUCAUAAAUAUGAAUGAAAUGGUUGGUAGGAAGCCAAAGUUUCUCUAUUUUCAAUACAUAAUGAAGAAAUAAAAUGCAAGAUCUCUUUGGUCUCAAAGCAUAUCGCUUUGGUCAAAUUUGAGUAUCUCUGAAAAAAAAAUCUGAAUAUGUAAGGAAAAGAGACUUAUUUAUGUUUGGGUUCUGCUUAAACUUUAAGUUAAAUUUGACUGUAGUCAUCACUUUUUAUUUAUCUCUACCAGAUACACAAUGUGCCAGGUCGUAUUCUGCCUUGAGUUUGAAAAUCUCUUUCAGUUAAAUUUGAAUUUUUAUGUAGCUUUUCUCCCUUCCUCGAGAUGAGAGCAGAGGAAUCUGCCAUUUUCUAUAUACUUUGUAUGUCCCUAUUUUAAUUGCUUGGUAAACUAGAAUUAUUUUGACUUUCUACAUAUUACCUUUGAAACAGUCCUAGUCUUCCUUCUCCCUCCUUUUUUUUAAGACUUACCUUUAACUUGUGAAAGUAUGUUGGGUAUACAGAUACUCAAUAAAUGUGUAACUUCUAAAAUAAUUAUGCCAGAUACUAGGAUUAUGCAUUUCUGAGCAACAUAACUAUAUCUGUAGUGUAAUGAUAUUAAGUAAAAUUUAUUUUACAUUGGUAUUAGGCUACUUUUUAGUGACUGAUUUAAAACUUUUCUGUAAAAAAAAUCUGGCAGAUCAGCAAAAUAAGUUCAUCCUAUGAAAAAACAGAAUUUCAAAUUAAAAUAUGUUACAGUAAAUAGGCACAUAGAGCCCAUCUGUUUUUCUAGUCUUGUAGACAGUUAUUGUUAAAAUACCAACUAGAAAAAUGGUUGUCCUGGAUUAACUCACAAAAAUAUUUUAGCAGGACUUCGUUUGAGGAUUGAUACACUUAAGCUUAAUCUCUUGCCACCUCAUUCUUCCUUCUCACUUCAGAUGACUUGGACCAAAGCAUAUUUUAGUUUUUAAAAGUGGAUCUACAUGAUGCAAUAUCUAAAUAGGCCAUUAGACCAAAUGAUUGCUUGAUCUACAAUAAACAUUUGAUUAUAUUCAACAAAAAUCUACUAUAUUAACUAUCAUCCUUGAAUUGCUCCAGAAUAGAUGGGUUGAAACUGAAAAGUGACAGAAUGAUCUGUCAUUAUAUUGUGAGAACCCUGGUAGGUCUCUAACUUCUGAGUUCUCUAACUUACUUGGUAUUUGCAGUAAUCUUGCCUCCAUGUUCCAAAGCAAUAGGACUCUGAGGGAUAGUUCUUUGGGGACCUGGGGAAAUUGGAAACUGCAAGGCUAAUUAAUGAUAUAUUAAUUCAUGUAUUCUUUCAUCUAAUCAUCAUUUAUUAAUGUACAGACUCUAAAAGGUUCAGAAGAAAUUUCCUGCCCUCAAGUAGCACACAGUCCAUUAUUUACCACACCAUGUCAUCCAUCUGUUUACCUACUGGUGGUUAAGUAAUUAACCACUUCAUAUUUUUACCAAAGUACAUCUGCAGUUCUGUUCAUCGGACAAACUGGAAAAUAUUUAAAAGGAUGCUCAUUCUUUGGCCCAUGCUAACAUGAAAGAACUGCAACUGUUUGAGUAGGUUGGUCUUUCAUCAUACAUACUUAUUCUAGUGCAGAAUUAGACCUUUCUUUCGGGAGUAGAACAGUGUAGCAUGUCCAUAGCAAGAUAAAUCAUAACAGCAAUGACAAAAAAAGCUCUGUUGCUCAAAGUGGAUCAAUGGGAAAUAUUUUUAAAGAAAUACCUCUCAACUAUAAUCAGCAAAGCUAAAUGUGUGUUUCAUCUACCCCCUAUUUUUAAGUUGUGUUGACUCAAUCACUUCCAUACUGACACCCUUUAAACAUCUCAUUUGUUGAAAGUCCAUACAGUGGUAGACGGAGUAUUUAUCCAUGUUGAAAGCUCAAAAUUGUAUUUUAAACUCAGCAAAAUUCCACCUAUUCUAGAACACUCUGGCAUUCAAACUUAGUACAUAGAGCACUUAAACUCAGAGGGUAUGACUGAGUUUUUCCACAGUUUUCAGUGUAACUACCUUUAUGUCCAGUUUGCCUUCCAUUAUUCACGAGGGUAAACUUUUUAGGCAACUUCGUGCACUAUGCCUCAGAAGUCCUCUAACGACAUAUGGGUGGAAUAACAUAUGGAACAUAGUCUCUGGGCUCCUUCAUUUUCCAGUGUCCUGGAAUUUGGCACACCAAUAAGGUCAUACCUUCAGUGUCUCACUCAGUCUUUACUGUAAACCUACCCUUUGACAAUCAGGUGCUAAUGGUUAUAUAUUGUUGGAAUCAGCACAUAAGUAUUGUCUAGUGUCUGUUCUAGAUUGGAAAAAGUGCUUUCCUUCUAUCUCAGUCCUGUUGAAGUGAAUGUCAGUUAUGUUUUCUCAUACUUUGUGAGUAAAUAGAAUUGGGAGAGAGGAAAUGAUUUAAAGUAAGUUUGGGGUUUGGCACAGUCAUCAACAUUAGUGAUCUCCUUUAAACCUUACAGCAAGUGUGCCCUUACAACAACCAGUUUCUGACUUGCUUACUCCAGUAUGUUUACAAUGUAUGUUGGAAUGGUCAGCAUUCUUAGCACCCAAAGAAUCUGUUUCCCUUUUGGUACCAUACCCAAGGUCUUUUAGAAGAUGUGGCAAACCACUACCUGGGAAGGCUUAUUUUUUGGCUAAUCUGUACUAACCCUUAUGAUAGCCACUUACAUGUGUUCUUUCCCAAGCAGAUUUAAGUUUUUGUUAAGUAUUAAGACUUAGAAAGCUAAUAAUACUUUUACAAUGCAUUAAAAGUUUGUGAGAUUCUGCUUUUCUUUUUAAAAUCUUUUAUUUAAAUAAGACUUCAAGUAUUAAUUUAAAUUUUAAGUCUCAAAUCUGGCAUCACCAGACUACCAAAUCAAAACCAAUGGCAUAACAGGGCAGUAUUUGUGUUCUUAAUAUAAAGGCUUUAUGUGUACUUUAAAUAUGCAUAGACAACACUUCCCCUUGAGUUGCAUGUCAACAUAUAACAUUGUACAUUACAAUGAAAAUUUGUAACUUGAGGGUAUUACAUAUAUAUAUAUAUGAAUACAUAUAUACCUUUGUAACCUUUAUACUAUAAAUUAAAAAAUGG